UAUUCUGACCCACCGUAGUUGGUAAUGUAAGAUACAAGCUUACAAUGCCUACAACGGGUAAUGGGAAAAACUUCAUCACGUAAAGAAGUCUAGCCUUAGCCGUGAUAAUAAAAAAUGGGAGUCUAUCCUUUCUUUUUUUUUUUUUCACAAAAAUACGUAGGUGUAGACAUUGUCAAGAGGCAAACGCGCAUUUCUGUGCUUUUAUUUUGUAAUUCUCUUGAAUACAACAUGGAAAUUCAGCGUCUACUUGAAGACGCUGAAUAUAACGUGUUAAAGAGAUGUUUUGGCUUCAAAAGCUUACCACAGUAAAAGAGUGGUCAAACAUAUUUUUUGUAGAAGAGAUCAGCAAAGAGUUUCUGUUUGCCUCACGAAAUACUGCUGAGGAAAAAAUACGUGAUUUGUUGUUUGAUUUUUGGAAUGAAGAUAUUCAUGAUCCUAAGUCGUCAGAAAGUAUACGCAAGAAAGCUACUCGAUUGAAGGGUACGGUCAAGCUUGUCAUCGAUUCGAGGCCUAUGAGUAUGAUUAUCAAUGGAAACAUACAAAGGCAAUCAAGACAAAUAUUACGAGAUGAUCUGGUGCAGCAGGAAUAUGAUACACUUUCAGGAGUCCAUGUAAAGCCAAGCCUCACUGACACUGAUCAAGAAGGACAACAAGAGUCCAGUAAAAAGCGAAAGUAUUUGAAGAAAUCAGAUCUAAGAAAUCUAAGUUAUAAACACAAAGUCGCGAAGCUUAAUGACUAUUAUGGUACGAAAAAUGUUUUGGACUUGACCAAAAAUCAAGUAAUACCAAAGCGAUUCAAGUCAACAGUUCAAGAUAUUCUUUGUAAUUAUGAUAUGUUGCUAACACCAAAGCUGCAAGAUAAAGAGUAUCAAAUGAUACAACAGAUCAGCCUUUGUCAAAGCAAAGAUUUAUUAUAUAGUUUGGUAAAUGACAUAACUCCUUUCGAUAACACGUCUGAAUUACCUUUUAUCAAACUCGCGACACAAAAACUAUACCAUAUCCUUUUCAGCGAUGUCUUGAAGUCUGAACAUCAUGAGGAUUGGUACAGGAUAAAUGUGUAUGGUGACCUGUUUGAUUUCAUCUUCUCUGUUGAAUCUGGAAUGAUAAAGGCUACUCUGGUACUUACAAUAGCCCCCAUCCAUUUCAUGUCGUGUGCAUGCAAUUUAUCAUUUUGACGUAUAAGCAUGAUCAUUCGCAAGUACAACCCAAGCAGCAUUUUCCUGUUGUUGGGCCUAUCUCACAGGAAAAGGUUUUCAAGCACGAGGCUUUACUAGUACGCAACUGGUACAAUUUAAAACACAAUGGAAG